AUGGCAGCACAGUCCACCUUACGACAGCCUGAAGAUCCGCUGUUUAUCCUAUAUCAGCACUAUGUCACUCUCCUAAAAUUGCGGUUCCAAAAAUCGUCGCGGCGAACACGAAUCCUUGCAACUGUCACUUUGCUCCUCGCGAUCAUUGGUACUGGCUAUGGAGGAUAUAACUGGUGGCGGGAAGGCUCCAAAGAACGGCAGCAGGGUAGAAGACUACUACGGAAGAACUCUGGUAUCCUGAGAAAGGAUGGUACAAGAAUUAUCUAUGUUCCAUCCAAAUCGUCCCUGUCAUCGUCCGAGAGCUCACGGGUCACAAUACACCCCACCAAGUCAACAACAUUCGAUGCCCAUCGACGACUAUUCUUGAACACGCAUCGGUCUGCCGGCGCAUCGCUGAUCCCACCUCCGACUACAAAGCCUGGGCUUAAUCUUGCAUUCCUACAUCAACUCUUCAGCUUGUUAAGCAUUAUGAUCCCGAGAUGGAACUCCAAAGAAACCGGCUUUCUGAUCAGCCAUGGCGUUUUCCUCAUGCUAAGAACGUAUUUAUCUCUGGUUGUCGCGCGGCUGGACGGAGAAAUUGUCAGAGACCUGGUUGCAGGAAAAGGUCGGGCGUUUAUUUGGGGAAUCACAAAAUGGUGUGGAAUUGGCACCUUUGCAUCGUACACCAACGCGAUGAUAAAGUUCCUUCAGUCCAAGGUGUCAAUCGCAUUCCGUACCCGUCUCACGCGCUAUAUCCAUGACCUUUAUCUAAAUGACAACUUGAACUACUACAAAUUGUCCAAUCUCGAUGGAGGUGUUGGUCAAGGAGCGGAUCAGUUCAUUACCCAGGACCUCACUUUAUUCUGCAGUGCUGUGGCCUCUUUAUAUUCGUCUAUAGGUAAGCCAUUUGUUGAUCUUAUCGUUUUCACUUACCAGCUCUACCGUUCCUUGGGUCCUAUCGCCUUUGCUGCCAUAAUAAGCGGCUACUCUGGAACCGCUAGCCUUCUCCGCCGUCUUUCACCACCUUUCGGAAAAUUAAAAUCUGUAGAAGGAAAGAAAGAAGGUGAUUUUAGAAGCCUACACUCAAGGAUCCUGGCAAAUGCAGAGGAAAUUGCGUUUUAUGGCGGUGCCGACAUGGAAAGAGUGUUCCUAUCAAAAAGUUUUCGAGACUUGCAGAAAUGGAUGGAAGGCAUAUAUGGGUUGAAAAUUCGUUAUAAUAUGUUUGAAGAUAUUGUUUUGAAGUAUUCCUGGUCAGCCAUGGGGUACCUUAUUACGUCUCUGCCAAUUUUCCUGCCUGCUUGGGGUGGACUUGGUGGAAUGUUGGAGAUGGCAAGCACUGAUACAAGUUCGAAUCGCGAAAGGGGCCGCAUGAAAGAUUUCAUCACCAACAAGAGACUUAUGCUUUCUCUGGCCGAUGCUGGCGGACGAAUGAUGUACAGUAUCAAAGAUCUCGCUGAGCUUGCCGGCUAUACCUCUCGAGUGUAUACACUCAUAUCGACGUUGCAUCGUGUGCAUGCAAACGCAUACUAUCAAGGUCGUGACGUCCAGCCGGAAUUAUAUUCCCUUUCCGACGUGCAGGGAACCAUUCAUAGUGGUUUCGAUGGUGUUCGGCUGGAGCAUGUUCCGAUCGUUGCACCGUCCUUGUUCCCCAUGGGUGGCGACGGCCUCAUCGACUCCCUGUCCUUUAUCGUUCACUCUGGUGAGCACUUACUUAUUUCCGGACCCAACGGCGUUGGCAAAUCGGCCAUAUCCCGUGUUGUUGCAGGUUUAUGGCCUGUCUACCGCGGCCUGGUCAGCCGUCCUCGAACUUUUGGCACAGAUGGAAUUAUGUUCCUUCCGCAGCGCCCAUAUCUCAGCAUCGGUACCUUACGUGACCAAGUAAUAUACCCCCAUCGUGAGAUGGAUAUGAGGGACGGUGGGCGCACAGAUGCAGAGCUUCAGCAAAUCCUUGAGGCUGUGCAUCUAGGAUAUCUGCCUGAGCGAGAAGGAGGGUGGGACUGCAGGAAAGAAUGGAAGGAUGUGCUUAGCGGUGGAGAAAAGCAGAGAAUGGCUGUCGCGCGACUGUUCUACCACGAACCCCGGUAUGCUUUCGUCGACGAAGGUACAUCUGCCGUGUCGUCGGACGUCGAAGGCCUUCUCUAUGAACGCUCCAAGGAGCGGGGUAUCACCUUGAUAACCAUAUCCACUCGUGCUUCUCUUAAACGCUAUCAUACAUUCAAUCUGACUCUUGGGCUGGGUUCCGAGGGCGACAGCUGGGAAAUCGAUCGUAUUGGGACUGAGAAGGAGAAGAUGGGUGUUGAGAAAGAGCUGCAGGAGCUUAGAAAACGGCUAGCGAACGUGGAGGCACUGAAGCAACGUCGCGAAGAGAUUGAGAACGAAUUACAAAACGUAUGGGCUGAUGACGGCAGCCACUUAGAUCCUCCGCCAUACGAAGAGGCAAUAGCCGAUGAAGUCUUAAGGGAUAUCCCAGUCGAGCAGUAG